GCGGCGUGGUUGGUGCUUGACUGUGCGGGGACCUGUCGAGGCUUCCAGCCUUUCGUGGCAGUCGGCCCGUCCUGUAAACGAGGCUAUUUUGGGCGGAUCGCUGCUUCUGGCUGCGUUUUGAUGAUGUCGGGGCAAUCUGAUGAGGGCUCGGUCGAUGUCAAGGUCGAAGCAGGCUCAACCACGACACAUGAACCAAGUGAGAAAUCUCAAGAUGGUCGAAGCCCAGAGCCUCCAUCGGAUUCCGAAAAGUUACGCAAAAUAAUAGAGGCGUGUAGUCGGCGCGAUGUAUGCCGGCUUAGUGAGCUUGCCGUGAUGGAAGGUGGAUUCAUAAGUGAUGAGCUGAGAUCACGGGCUUGGCCCGUCCUUCUUGGCUUCAACGAAGAUGUCGUCGAGCAUGGGAUGAAAUCCGAGCUCGAUCGGGCAGUCCCUGAUGAUGCCCGGCAGCGCAACGAACCCUGGCACGAACUGCCUCGUCAUCGCGAUGAGGACCAGGUCCGACUCGACGUGGAUCGAAGCUUUGUGUACUACCCCAAUGACGACUCCCAAUCUGGACUGGAGACCAAGAAGAUCGAGCUUUCAGAACUCAUCACAGAGGUGCUCAGGCGGCAACCAUGGCUCUGCUACUUCCAAGGCUAUCACGACAUAUGCCAGGUCUUCCUCCUGGUCCUCCCCAAGCCGCUCCGCGCGCCGGCAGUCGCGCGACUAUCCGGACUACGGAUCCGAGACUUCAUGCUCCCCAACCUAGCUCCGUCCCUCAUACACCUGAAGCUCAUCCCGGAGCUCCUCUACGCCGUAGACCCCAAGCUCUGCCGCCACCUGUCGACCACGGAGCCGUACUUUGCGCUCUCAGACACCCUGACCAUGUUUGCCCACAACAUCCAGCGGUACAGCGACAUUGCACGCCUGUUCGACGUGCUCCUCGCCCGCGAGCAGGUCUUUACCAUCUACAUCUUCGCCCAGAUCGUCCUGGACCGGCGCGAGGAACUCUUCGACCUCGACGAGCCAGACAUGCUGCACUUCACCCUGUCCAAGCUCCCCAGCAACCUCGACAUCGACGCCGUCAUCAUCGAGGCCGCGGGCCUCUUCGCCAAGCACCCGCCCGAGUCCCUCCGCGGGUGGCGCUCCGUCCCGCGCGCCAGCGUGCUCAAGACGGCACGCGACGUCCGCGCCUCGGCGGCGCAGAGCCUCGAGGACGGCAAGGCCCUGUUCGACCAGCAGCUCCGCGACCUCCACUGGGCCGAGAAGAUGCGCACGAUCAGCAGCUACGACACCUGGCAGAACAGGACCGCCGUGCUGACGCUGCUCGUCGGCGUCGCGGCCGCCGUGUACUUGAGGAGCAAAGGCACCGCUUCGGGUGGAGGGGGACUAGGGAUCCUCACGGAUUGGCUUUAAAGAGGGUUUGUGCCCAUGGGGAACCAACAGCACUCAGGGGGGACUGCUAGAUCGUGUUACACAACUAGAGGGAAUAGAACCCAGGACGUAGUCCCUGCUUUCGGUCUUCCUGAGUGGCAGCAGGCAGGAGACGAUAUUGCAGGGCGUUUUCAAUUCGCGGCGCGUAAAUCCGCCAUGAUGACUUUGGGGUACAAGAUUCAGCCACUUGUAGUAUCUAUUCAAUCUGCCAAGGAUAAUUUAUUCCGCCGCAUGUUGUGGGCACGCAAGU